AUGACCAUCUCCGACUUCGCAUGGGGAGUUAUGCCCCCGUUUCUCUUGGUACUGAAGUCGUUUGCGUCAUUUGUUGGUGCUGUCAUCGGCCACCUGGGAUACCGCAUGGUUCAAGUGUUUUACCGGCAGCUGCGGGAACCAAUGCGCUCACCACUGCCUAUUUGUGCAUAUUUCGAGACAAGCACGGAUUUUAAGGAGGACGCGAAGUACAUUGGUUCCCAACAGCCUCGACUGAAAGAGGCGAGGUACUUUCUUCCCCAUCGCAUCCGUCGUCAACUACCUGUUCUCAAGGGCGAUAUCCUGCGUCUGCAAAAGAAUCCCCUAGUGCAGCAGCUGCACUUCCGGAUCGCAAAGAAUAGGCUCGCAGGAUCCUCCUCGACACCACAGCUUUUUCAUAGGGGGUCCGGGCAGUGUAAAAGGGAAGGCAUUCGCCACUAUUGGACAAAGAUGGACAGCUUCUCUCCUUUUUUUUUCCAGGCAGUAAAGCGCCGACUCACUUUGUGGAAAGACGACAUGUUGCUUUAUGCCACUAAAAUCGAAGAUACGGGGGUUUGGAACGAAGGGAAAGAGGCUUGUUUGUUUGUGGUGCCGAACGGUCACUACGGCUACGUGGACUGCAAGUGGUACCUGGAUAUCAGGUUAUCGGAGGCGAUUGGAGGUAAAGUUUCAAGCCCAUGUGGAUAUGGAAUGAAAAGCACGCAAGCGGACGAGAGCCAAAACUCCUGUAGAACACAGGAAGCCAAAUGUUUUCGCAGGUGGAGGCGUCUUGCGUUGACGUUCAUUUCAAUCAGACCUAGAAAAUCUUACAGGAGCCCACGUGGCCCUUGCGUACAGGAGGAAAGCCAGUGGUGCACCUGCUUGCGGCACCUUUGCGCUGCGGAGAGCCACCAAAGAGAAGAAAGAAGAGAACGCUCCAGCGACUGCGGAGUCUGCGAAAAGUCUGUCCUUCCUAAAAUUAAGCUUGGAAUAUUCGAGGACAGUGCAAUUGAACGGUGGUAUCUCCUCUGGCGGGCUGAGCACAUCGUCGGUUUCUACAAGGAAACGUGCCACUUAAAUUUGCUCAUCUGCGCCCUGCAGUGUCUGUUUGGGAUAACCAAAGCAUAUGUAGCGCAGUGCGCUUCUCUGGCGGUCGAAAGAUACAACCACCAAAACGCCGCACAGUUGGAGUUCCUCGGAGUUCGCCUGCAGACGCCGUCAUGGAGAAGGACUUUAUCGGCCGUGUGGCGCCCUCUUCUCCAAUUUGCUCUUCUGUUGGCACUAAUUUUGCCCAUGAAGUUAAUGGAUCGGCGCGGGGGAAAAAACGCCUGGAAAUUUCAGCUUCUUGCCCUUGGCCAGGCAGUGACCUACGUGACCUUCGUGUUCUCUGAGUUGAUGGAGGGCUGCUUCAUGAUGGCCAAAGGACCCGCUUUCACAGAAGCAACCAAAAUUCCCCAAGGAGUGGAGUUCAAUUUUGUUAUUGGCAGCCAUCUGGUCCUUCCACUGUUUAGCCUAGCCCUAACUGUCCAUUUGCGGCGCAUUCCAGAGGUAUCAAUCCUACUUACCUCUAUUGGGUCUGCCGUAGUGACGGUAGUGACUUUGACGUUUGUAGGCUGGGAUUUCAAAGUUGUGGCGUUCUUCAUGCUGAGCCGAACUCUGUAUGCUCUCUUCUUUAUUAUGGUGACUAGGGCCUUUGAAAACGUAAGGCGCCAGCUCUUCGCAUCUCAGGUGCUGCCUUUCCUCAUGUACUUGUCCGUACUGGCGAACAGCCAACAAGUGCAAAACUUGUGUGCGAUACGAACAGAGCGAAACCAUUGUGGUUACCAGCAGGCAGAAAGUUCUAUCUCUGCGGGUGAUGAAGGUUGCCCAGCUGCCGCUUCCAUCAUAGGACAUGCUUACAGCCAGCCGAGUGUCUGA